CUUUGACCCAUCACCCCCCACAACUCUCUCUCUCUCCUCUCCCCCCUCUUUCUCUCUCUAAAAAAAGACUCCAUUUGUUCCCCCCUCACCGUUCUCAAAUCUAAACUGUUCACACCAGAGAGAGAGAGAGAGAGAUAUGAAAUGGGCACAACAAAAGCAUUGAAAUUAGACCAGUCUCACUCUCUCACAAAGAAGUUCUUACUCUGGACACUAUAUGCCCUCCUUUCCAUAGCUAUUAUACACUUAUAUUUAUCCCCAAUAACCCUUCCUCUCUCUCCCACCGACCACCUUCCUCCAAUCAACCCCAUUUUCACCACCGCCGCCGCCCCCACCGCCGCUUCCUCUCCCUCGCAAGAAGGGGAAAGAAGAGACAAUGUUGUUGGGGUUGUUCCAUGUGACUACACCAAUGGCCAAUGGGUGAAUGACAAAUUGGGGCCUUUGUACAAUGGUACAAGCUGCGGUACAAUCAAGGAUGGUCAGAAUUGUAUGGGCCACGGGAGGCCAGACAUGGGCUACCUCUACUGGAGGUGGAGGCCCGACCAAUGCCACCUCCCAAGGUUCGACCCCAACACAUUCCUCCAAAUCAUGGCCAACAAACACAUAGCCUUUGUGGGUGAUUCCAUGGCCAGGAACCAACUCGAGUCCCUCCUCUGCUUGCUAGCCACCGUCUCCGCCCCUAACCUUGUCUACACCAACGGCGAAGACAACAAGUUCCGCCGGUGGCACUUCAAAUCCCACAAUGUCAAUGUCUCCGUUUAUUGGUCACCAUUUUUGGUUAAGGGUGUUGAGAAAAAUGGCAAUUUGGGGCACAACAAGUUGUACUUGGAUUCUGUGGACGAGCGUUGGGCGUUUGAACUGGAUGGGAUGGACAUGGUUGUCCUAUCGGUCGGGCAUUGGUUUCUACACCCCGCGGUGUAUUUUGAUGGGGAUAAGGUGCUCGGUUGUCACUCCUGUGACGGCGAAAACUUCACGGAAAUCGGGUUUUAUGACGUGUUCAGGAGGGCUUUCGAGACGACCCUUAAUGGCAUUAUUGAUAGGCGGAAGGCUAGUGAAAACGCACUCGACGUGAUGGUGACUACGUUCUCGCCCCACCAUUUUGAAGGCGCUUGGGACAAGUUUGGUGCUUGUCCCAAGACGGAGCCUUACAAGGUAGGCGAAAAGAGGUUUGAAGGAAUGGACUUCGAUAUGAGAAGGAUUGGGGUUGAAGAAGUGGAGGUUGCGAGGUUGAAUGCCAAGCGAUUCGCUAGGUUGAGGGUUGAGGCUCUGGAUGUCACCGAGUUAUCGUUAAUGAGACCGGAUGGCCAUCCGGGACCGUACAUGUACCCUUUUCCGUUCGCCAAUGGGAUCGGAGAGAGGGUACAGAAUGAUUGUGUCCAUUGGUGCUUACCGGGACCGGUGGACACGUGGAACGAGAUAUUGUUGGAUGUAAUGAAGAGAUGGAACAACCAAUCUAGGAGUGGCAAUGUCAUAAAUGAAAUGCUGUCGUGAAGGCAUUCUCAGUUUAGAUUAAUUUUUUUUGAUCAUUGAGAAUGUUACUUAGUCGUGUUUAAAGGGAGGAUCUCAUAGGGAGAGUGCUUUCGUGAUAGACUUGUGUUAAAUGGAGGAGGAGGAGGAUAUUUUUCAUUUGGUUUAUCUCUAUUUGGGUUGUGAUUAAUGCUGUGUGGAGGGCCAAAAGAGCGGACAUGAGUGAUUGAGAAGUUUUGGUUGGGUUCUCCUAUUGAAGAAGAGAGAUAUGGGUAGGGAAAGAAUAUGAAAGCAAGAUUUGAUGCUGCCAAAGGUACCAACUUGUAGGAGAGAAUUUAGAUUAUAUGAAAUGUAUACAAAUGAUUUUAAUGUGAAUUUCUGAAUACAUUUAAAGAGCA